GGUAUAGGGACAGGAGCAGGCUUCCAACCAGCAUCAUCACACACCUGAGAACACUCAAAGACUCUGUAGCCAUCCCAUUUUGAAAAUAAACACAUUUUCCUCUUGACUUGACACUAUAAUACAGAGAGAAAGAAGUCAUCCAAGUUUGUGAUUGUGAGAGGGACACCAUGUGGGACUUUACAGAGAUGACACUACUCCUGUCUUUCCUGGUGGCAGUGGCUGUGGCUCAAGGACCCAUCUGGAACAGCUCUCUGUUUAAGAAGUGGAGCCAGACAGAAAGGAGCAGGAAGCUGGCCUACAACACACUGACCGAGCCACAGCAGACCACAGGUGUGACUGAAUGGACGUCCUGGUUCAACAUCGACCAUCCAGGGGGGAAUGGAGACUACGAGCGGUUAGAGGCCAUCCGGUUCUACUACAGGGAGAGGGUGUGUGUCCGGCCUGUGGCCAUGGAGGCCCGCACCACGGACUGGGUAGCAGCAGCAGAGACUGGGGAGGUGACCCACUCCAGCGUAGAGAAGGGCUUCUGGUGCAUCAACAAGGAGCAGCCCUACGGACGCAUCUGCUCCAACUACCACGUCCGCUUCCAGUGCCCACCAGUUCAGGCCUACUGGACAGACUGGGCCACCUGGGGAACCUGCUCUGCUACAGCCUGUAAUGACGUGGGCAUCCAGGUGCGCAAGAGGAAGUGCAUGAGCAUCCAGCCCCUGCCCCUGCUGCUGGUGCCCCCAUGCCAGGGCCAUCACACAGAGAGGGCGGAGUGUGCCACCCCACCAUGCGAAGCCAAGUGGACUCCUUGGAGUUCAUGGGGAGCAUGCUCGGUGACCUGUGGCAAGGGUCGCAGGAUCAGGAGGAGGACCUGUGUGAGAACCUCUGUGACAGUGCAGUGUGUGGGACGAGCGGUGGAAAUCCAGAAAUGUGGGAAAAAUCCAUGCCCCCCACCCAAUUGUAAUCGCGAGUGUCCCAAAGGUCGGCCCAGUGAGGACUGCAGUCGCUGUGUGUGUGAGGGCCACGUGCUCCAGGGAGAGGUCCUCAGUAUGUCCGGUGUCCCUGUAGCGGGGGCCAGGAUAGCGCUGGCCAGCCAGCCCAAGAUCAUCCACGCCCGCACUGACUCCAAGGGCCUCUUCAGACUCCCAAGGGUCUGCUCCAGCUCCCCCACCCAGCUCUACAUUCACAAGGAGAAGUUUGCCCCCAUUACCACCUCCACCUCCAGCAACAGCACUGGGUCAUCCUGGGUACGGGUGGUCCUAAAGUCUGCAGAGAAGCCAUAUGUUGUAAAGCACCCGGAGGACAAAGUACGCUACGAGGGACAGCGUGUGAUGUUGUGCUGCAAGGCAACAGGGUCGCCCAUGCCUGACAAAUACUACUGGUACCACAAUGGGACCCUGCUAGAUAGGAAUGUGUUUAAAUACGAAGAGGAUCUGCUGUUGAGAGGCCUGAAGCCAGAGCAGACUGGACAUUACUACUGUAAAGCCAGCAGCCAAACAGGCAGCAGCAAGUCUUCACAGGCAUUCCUCACUGUUAUCGCUAAAGGCACACCGGCAUGCAACCCCACUCCUGAGAACCACCUCAUCAGACUGCCCAUGGACUGUGUUCAGCCUGGGACGGACUCUAUGUUAUACAACGCCGGCCGCUGCCCCCACAACAAGUGUGCAGGCUCCCUGGACUUUGACCUGCGCUGCAGGGAUGGAGGUGGCUACUGCUGUGGGGUCCAGAAGAUGGAGAGCCGGGUAAUAGACUGUGGGAGCUACAGCCUGCCCAUCAAAGCGGUAACUGAGUGUGGCUGCCAGAAGUGUGUAGUGCCCAAGGUGCUGGUACGUGGCAGGGUGGUCACAGCAGACAACGAUGAACCACUGCGUUUUGGGCACAUGUACAUUGGCAAGGAGAGAGUAGGCACCACAGGGUACAAAGGAGGCUUCACACUCAAUAUAACCCCAGACACAGAGAGGCUAGUAGUCAACUUUGUGGAUCCCACGCAGAAGUUCAUUGACACUCCUAAGGUGUUUAUCUUCGACAGGAGAGGGGGGUCUGUUUACCAUGACGUGAAGGUGAUGAGAAAGCAGGAACCUAUUGAUAUCAAUGCUGGAGAGACAAAUACCAUUGACUUAGGAGAAAUUAAAGGGGAGGACCCUAUUGGACAGAUCGUCAUACCUCCAAAUUCUUUCCACAGGAAUAAUGGGGAGGUGUACAAAGGUACAGUGAAAGCCAGUGUCACCUUCAUUGACCCCAGGAACAUCACCACAGCUGCUGCUGCUCCUGGUGAGCUCAACUUUGUGGACGAUGAGGGUGACAUGCUUCCACUGAGGACAUAUGGGAUGUUUUCUGUUGACUUCAGAGAUGAGGCGAACCAGGAAGUCCUGGGGGCUGGAGCGGUCCAAGUACUCCUAGACACGCAGCACGUCAAAAUGCAAGCUCACAUUCCCAAAAUGAAACUGUGGUCCCUCAACCCAGACACAGGUAUCUGGGAGGAGGAAAGUGACUUUCACUACACUCAGACCACAUCUGGUGGUAAUGGGAGGAGCAAGCGAGAGGAGCGCACUUUCCUCAUAGGUAACAUGGAAAUCAGGGAGCGUCGACUUUUCAACCUGGACGUGCCUGAGAACCGCCGCUGCUACGUCAAAGUGCGGGCGUACAUGAAUGACAAGUUCCUGAACACUGAGCAGCUGGAAGGUGUGGUCAUCAGCCUGAUAAACCUGGAGCCCAAGCCUGGCUUCUCCUCUAACCCCAGAGCAUGGGGUCGCUUUGACAGUGUGAUAACCGGACCCAAUGGAGCCUGCCUGCCAGCCUUCUGUGAUGCCCAGGUGCCUGAUGCUUACACAGCUUAUGUCACAGGAGUUAUGGGUGGUGAAGAGCUGGAGGCAGCUCCCUCAACCCCAAAGAUGAACCCAAACAUCAUUGGAGUGUCUCAGCCAUACUUAGACAAGAUCGACUACCAGCGAUCAGACCACGAUGAUCCAGCUCUCAAGAAAACAGCCUUCAGAAUCAACUUGGCAAAACCCAACCCCAACAAUGUGGAAGAGACCAAUGGACCAAUAUACCCCUAUCAGAGUUUAAUAGACUGUGAAAAUGCUGGAGUCGAUGCCAACCACUUCCGAUUCUUCAGAGUGGAAAAGGACAAAUACGAAUACAAUGUUGUGCCCUUCCAAGAGAACGACUUAACAUCGUGGACGGGUGACUACCACUCCUGGUGGCCCAACCCUCAGGAGUUCAGGGCUUGCUACAUCAAGGUCAAGAUCCAGGGGCAAAAGGAGGUCAUGAUAAGGUCACAGAACCAUGGAGGCACCCACCCUGAGACCGCAGGUCAGCUGUACGGUAUAAGAGACAUCCGCAGCACCCGUGACAUGCAUGUGGCCAACACCUCCGCAGCUUGCCUCGAGUUCAAGUGCAGUGGCAUGCUCUUCGACCAAGCCGCAGUCGACAGGUCCCUCAUAUCAGUCCUCCCACAGGGAAACUGUCGGAGAGUGGGCGUCAACAGCCUGCUAAAGGAGUACCUGACCAAGCACCCCCCUACCUCACCGAACAACGAGUCCCAUGCCUUCAACAUGCUGGGCCCUGUCGACCCCUUGGGGCACAACUAUGGCAUUUACACGGUCACAGACCAGAACCCUAGGGUGGCAAAAGAGAUCGCCAUCGGGCGCUGCUUUGACGGUACCUCUGACGGGUUCUCCAGGGAGAUGAAGUCAGACACUGGAGUUGCUCUGACCUUCAGCUGCCCAGAAAGGACUGUGACCAGGGAGAGUCUCUUCCAACGCCUCCAGACGAACCCCAGCCAGACUCUUUCUCAGAUGGCCCGGGACAUGCGAGAGGCGCAGGGGCUGCAGGUCCGGGGAAGGUCCUCCCGGGUGGUGACCUACCCCUCUGGUUCCAGCAGCCGCAGAUCCAGCUCCUCUACCAGGAGAAGAUCCACGAUGCGUGCACAGGACAGGCAGUAGAUCUGCCGUUAAGUCUUUGGGUUGGAAAUAAAGAAGAUGGAUUCCUCACAACCAAAUAAUGAAAUGUCAAGUUGGGUCAGCUUGGUGAUGUUGGAUGUGAACUUUCUCUGAACAGCACGGUACUCUAUUGAAACAGUAACCAUUCCGGCAAAACCACACGGAGGAGAGAAAUUAAGACAUGUAUUUUCUCUGAAACUUACUUGAAGGGUUUGGCAAUAAAUAUCAAUAUUAAUUUUAUUAUUUGAGAAGAACUACAUUUCUUUAGCUUCCAUCAGUCCAGCAAAGGACAUUCAUUUAAUUGGCGUUAAUAGGCUUUUAUGAAGGAAACGACCAAAUCAAUUUCUGAGAAAUCAAGUUUAUAUUUGGAUUUGUAGCGUUCCACAUUAACCAUUGUGGCCGUCUUUUCUGAUGUCUAUGAUCGCAUGAGUUAUAACCAACUGUAAAAGCCAGUCUAAAUGCUAAACACUUCCUAAUUGGCCAAAGCUUUCCAUUGUACUCACGAGUCCCUCGAAAUCAGAGGAACAUCAGGUCCGAGUGAUCCAGUCUGUUUGUAACAGAGAGUGGGCCCCUUUUAUAGAAACCGGGAAGUAUUCUCUGCCAAGAAGAGGCCUAUUUAAGAUGCAUUGGGGUGCAAGGAAUUAUCGUUCUCUAUUCCACGGACGCGCUUUUUAGUACCCUUGUUUCUAGGUUAAAAAAAAAAUGUUUAGCAUGUCACAUUGCCAACUGCGAUCCAGACAAACUUUACUGUAACUUAACUACAACAUGCAUCAGGACCCUAGCCAAGACAAGCAUCCCUUAACAGAUUUCACCAGUAGACUAAACAGGGCCUGCGGUAUGGGACCUGGGAGAAGAGAUUAUGAGGAAUGACACAAUUAGCUUCAGCCCUCACUUCCCACAAAGUCCCCAAGUACUCAUCCAACACACCUCUGUCUGUUCUUCAACAUCCCUUGUACGUUACUGUCAGGAAUGUAAAAAACAAAACAAAUAAACAACAGACAUGAAAACCCUAUUUAUACAUAGCAGAGAAUUAGCUAGACUAAUUCUGAGACUAUAUUGUUGUUUGGUGUGGGGGGGAUGUCUGUCUUUGUCUCAUGAAGUGCAAUAGCUAUAUUCCAUUUUGACUUGAGAGCCCUUGCAAAUCAUCAUGUGACAAGCCAAUAUACUGUACUUGGUACUGCUGGUAAAUAGGGUAAAUCCUUCAGUAUACAGUGCAUUCGGAAAGUUUUCAGAGCUCUUGACUUUUUCCAUAUUUUGUUAUGUUACAGCCUUAUUGUAAAAUUGAUUAAAUUAAAUUUUUCCUCAUCAAUCUACACACAAUGCCCAAUUAUGACAAAGCAAAAACUGUUUUUUAGAAAUCGCCAUAGAUUUGCAAAUGUAUAAAAAAAUAAAAAAACAUACCUUAUUUACAUAAGUAUUCAGACCCUUUGCGUUGAGACUCGAAAUUGAGCUCAGGUGCAUCCUGUUUCCAUUGAUCAUCCUUCAGAUGUUUCUACAACUUGAUUGGAGUCCACCUGUGGUAAAUUGAAUUGAUUGGACAUGAUUUGGAAAGGCACACACCUGCCUAUUUAAAAUCCCACAGUUGACAGUGCACGUCAGAGCAAAAACCAAACCAUGAGGUUGAAGGAAUUGUCCGUAGAGCAUUGAUACAGGACUGUGUCGAGGCACAGAUCUGGGGAAGGGCACCAAAAAUGUUAUGCAGCAUUGAAGGUCCCCAAGAACAUGGCCUCCAAUCUUAAAUGGUUCCUCUGUGAAGAUGGGAGAACCUUCCAGAAGGACAACCAUCUCUGCAGCACUCCACCAAUCAGGCUAUUAUGGUAGGGUGGCCAGAUGGAAGCCACUCCUCAGUAAAAGGCACAUGACAGCCCGCUUGGAGUUUGCCAAAAAGCACCUAAAGGACUCUCAGACCAUGAGAAACAAGAUUCUCUGGUCUGAUGAAACCAAGAUUGAACACUUUGGCCUGAAUGCCAAGCAUCACAUCUGGAGGAAACCUGGCACCAUCCCUACAGUGAAGCAUGGGGAUGUUUUUCAGCGGCAGGGACUUGGAGACUAGUCAUGAUGGAGGGAAAGAUUAACUGAGCAAAGUACAAAGAGAUCCUUGAUGAAAACCUUCUCCAGUGCGCUCAGGACCUUCCAACAGGACAACGACCCUAAGCACACAUCCUAGACAACACAGGAGUGGCUUUGGGACAAGUCUCUGAAUGUCCUUGAGUGGCUCAGCCAGAGCCUGGACUUGAACCCGAUCGAACAUCUCUGGAAAGAACUGAAAAUAGCUAUGCAGCUUCGCUCCCCAUCCAACCUGACAGAGCUUGAGAGGAUCUGCAGAGACGAAUGGGAGAAACUCCCCAAGCUUGUCGUGUCAUACCUAUGACUCAAGUCUGUUGAAGCACCUUAGGCAGGGAUUACAAAGUACUGAGUGAAGAGUCUGAAUACUUAUGUAAAUAUGAUAUCCGUUUUUUUUGUAAUACAUUUACCAACAUUUAAAAAAAAACGUUUUUGCUUUGUCAUUAUGGGGUACAGUGUGUAGAUUGAUGAGGGGAAACAAACAAUUUAAUCAAUUUUAGAAUAAAGUUUUAAUGUAACAAAAUUUGGAAAAAGUCAAGGGUUCUGAAUACUUUUCGAAUGCACUGUACUUAAGCAAUAAGGCCUGAGGUGGUGUGGUAUAUGGUCAAUAUACCAGGGACAGGGCUGUUCUUAUGCACAACGCAACGCAGAGUGCCUGAAUACAGCCCUUAGCCGUGGUAUAUUGGCAAUAUACCACAAACCCCUGAGGUCCCUUAUUGCUAUUAUAAACUGAUUACCAAGGUACUGUAAUUAGAGCAUUAAAAAUACAAACCUGUGGUAUACAGUCUGAUAUACCAUGGCUUUCAGCCAAUCAGCAAUCAGGGCUCGAACCCCCCCAGUUUAUAAUAAAGAUAUUUAUAAGGGAGCUUGUAGAGGAUUCCUUUGCAUUACAGUGAAUAACCAUAAUUCAAAUGUUAGGUCAUCGUUUUACAUAGUCUGUGUCAAGUAUACUUCGGCAAUCUGCUCUGAUAACGUUUCAUAUCUUGCUGCAUGACUCAUAAACUUUUAGCAUUAAUUGUACAAUCAUAUUUUCAGCUACAGAGAACACAGUACCUUUCCAGAGGGAAAAAUACAUCUCAACUGUACUGUUUUCCAGUAGCAACUAAACAACUUAUUACUAGAGUUAAGUUGCAGACACACCUUAGUCUAUUACAGGACCAAUUCCAUGUGUUUCCCAAUGGGAAAAUACAUUCUGAAAAAAUGAAUCUUUAUUUUAAACAAUCCCUCAGUAGAACCAAUAUUGAGCAUACCAUCUUUCUACCCCUCACUGAGUAUGAGUUUUUGAGGCUCUCCAGUGCUUUGGCUGUACAGUGGCAAGUGGGAAGAUGUUCAAGGAGGCCUAUUUAAUUGGAUUCUGUAAUUGGAGGAAAGUUCCCCAUUGAUAAUAGGUCCAAACUUGUUUAUCUAUGUAGUGGGUGGCUGUGGGUCCCUUCAGACCGUUGGAGAGCUCCUAGAGCUGAACUAAUCCAAACCCAAAUGAGUGUCUGUGGACUACAGAGGCGGCAAACAGGUCUGGCACGUUAUUAUCAGCGCAGUCGUUAAUUAGGAAAUAAAUGACAAAUACUCUUGGGAGCACAUUGAAGAGUUUGACCAAGUCUUUCAUAAAAAGCCAAACAAGUUGAUUUCCAGACUGCUGUUGGAUAUGAUUUAGGCCCAAGAGGUCAAGUCCAUUCAACAUUAAAAUGACCCUACUAUUAAAUUAGCUGAAAAAUCAAAGUGUUUUCUUACAUUUCAGUCAGCAAAACAUAAGCCAAAAAUAGGACAAUUAAAUAGAUGUGCCACAUUUACUUUGAGAUCAAAUAGAUUAUACAAAUCUAUUGUAAAUUGCCUAUGAAGAGCAACAUGUGGAAAUGAUGGUUUAUGGUCCUCUAGUCAUUAUCAAUGACUUCUGCCAUCAUGGGCCUGUUAAACCCUCGUAGCAUGGAGAGUCCACCUAAGCAGAUUGUUGCAGCCGAGUUGCAUCUGUGAUGAUCACUCCCAACUCCUAUUCACCACUGAAUGGUGUCAGAGCUAUUGGGACAACUGGAGGACAUGUAAUACCAAAUAUAUCCAGAGGAGUCAUUUGUGAGAGAAGGAUGAGAUUAUCUUGUGAUAGUUUUUAAUAAGAGGGAGCUGUUGGAGAGAGAAGAAAAAAAAGUGUUCUUUGACCUUGCUGUCAAUCACUUAUCUGAAGCAGAAGCAGUCUGGUAUGGGAGUAGACCAUUUAAAGGCAAAGUGCACUGACAUGUAGAAUGGUGGAUGUUUCAUAGAGAGGCUAUGGGGGGAGGUUGAGAUACAAAGCAAGUCUUAACUGCCAAUGUUACGUAACACAUCAAGUGAGAAAAAUAGUAAGGAAUAUCCAAACAGUCUCUUUGUCUUUCAGAGGAUUUCAAAGUAGAUCUUUAAGAGCUGGAUGACUUUGUUUAAUGAGUUGAAAAUAAUGUUGGGAGUUUCCUAACUCAUAACGAGGAGAAAGAAAGUUUUCCCAUUUCAAAUUUAGAAGCUUAACAAUUUGUGGGGAAAAAAAUGAUUUAUUUUUUAAAUAAAUAAGUAAUAGCCAAAUGACAUGAUUCCCUAUGACUCCAGAUACUGUUUCAGGUUCUAACAAUUCCAAGACAGGCCCAUGCUUCACAAUUCACAUAGGUGAUUAAAUAACAUUUCACAUUUACUCCCGGUUUUCACCAAUUCUCCAUUGCAAUUCAGCAGUCUUGUAUUACUACUCGUCCUGUCGAAUACUAGACACUAUACAGCCCUGCCUUGGCCUCGGGUUGUUUUCCGAGUGUGCUUGUGCCAUCAGCAUGAUGAGUGCAUGCAUCUGUCCUCUCCUGUACUGUCUGGCUGCUCUGAGGGAGACUAACUUACUUUGGAAUAUCCUCUGGUGAAGCGAGCAAUGGAUAUUUCCACCAUUGCCUAGCCUAUAAAGAGAGACUUGUAUAGUUGCCACUGUGCUCUGGGAGAAGUCUUGGGCCCCCAUCAACCCAUUAUAUAAAUCAAUUCCUGAGAAUUCUCUGUAAAUCAUUAUGUAACAUGUAUUGCAUGGCAUUGCCCAUUUGUUUUUCUUUUUCAUAUGCUUUUUAUGUGUAAAUUGUGUAUUGUAUGACAUUUACUAAAUGUAUGAGGAAUUGUAAAUAAACCUUUUGACUUUU